AUAUGUUAAAUAUGAUAAAUAACUAAUAUGUUUGAUAAAAAUUCAUCCUGCCUUAUGGUUUCUCACAACAAUCCUAUGAGAGGCAUGGGCAGUAUCAACAUUAUUCGAGAUUUACAUAUGGGAAAUCCAAGACUCAAAGGAUUUAAGUAGGUUGUCAGUGAUCACAGAGUUAGUUAGUGGGAGAUCUGGGACUUAAAACCAAGUUAUUUAAUGACUCUGAAUAUCCUGCGUUUCCUGUUAUAUCACGCUUCUGCCGAGAGGCCGCCAUUACCAGAGGGUCUCAAGCAGAGACUUGUCGGGAAUGUUGUGGAAGGCCUUGCAGAGUAGCUUAGUUGAUUGCUGUAUGGUUUAAGGAACCACAGCAUUCCCUCUAUCCCCACCCCCAAACUCCCACUAAUCAGCUGGCCUCAGUUGGCCUUUAUCACGGCAUUUCUCUGAGUCAAGCCCUGUUCCAGACAGGGAUGAGCAUAUGAAGAGCUGCACAUUCUUCCCACAACACCUUUGUGCAGGUACAUGUCCUAGAUCACUCUGCUCUCUGAUAGAAAUCUGAGGCAAAAGGAGGCUCAUUCAGCAAACCUUUUUUGAAUAAUUCCUUUUUGUCAAGAGCUGUACCAAGCGUUGGGAAUACAGAAAUUAAUCUCACACAUCCCUGUCCUCAAGAAACUCCUAGAUCUGUGGGGGAAACAGACAGAAUGCUGCAUUGUUGCGCGGUUGGCAGCAGAGGAGAGAGAGUGACUAACUGACCUGGGAUACUGCUGGCCCUGGAGGGGGCUGCUGAGGGCUGCCCUGCAUGCGCAGCAGGUCAUGUUUAGGGAUAAUCUGGUCCAGCUGGCCCGUAGACCCACGAAGGGAGGUCUUGACAUAUUUUGGGAAUGUCAAUGGCUAAAUUUUGGGAUUUGUGAAGAGUCUUAAUGGAAGAAAAAAAUUGGAGAAAUAAAAUUUUGUAUGCCAGGCUGAGACGUUUUUACUUAAUCUUGUGGGCACUGAGAAACUAGUGCAGGGUUAGAACAGGCAGGCAGCAAAAUCAGAUUUAGAAGAAUUGCUCUGGCAGAUUUUUAGAGAAGGAAUGGAAGAGGGAAAACCAGCCACUGACGCAAGAAACUGAGGAACGCUGAAGCCACAGCUAAGACCAUGGGUGUGGGUGAGGAUGAAAGGACAGCUUAGGCAACCUUUGGGAGGCAGCAUCACAGUCAGUGACUGAUUAUAGUGCAGUGUGAGGAAGAGAAAAAAGUCAAGAGUGACUCGCAAGUUUUUAAUUGAGAUCUGUCUCCCUUAUCUUACAAAGAUUGCAACCCAAAUGCUGAAGACUCUCCUUCAUGCAAGUUUCAGAAUACUGCCACAAACUGGUAAACAUUUCUCUUUUGGGGGCUGACAUCUUGUUUCCUUUUUCUUAACUCUGUUCUGAAAUUGUUACAGCAAUUUUUGUACUUCGAGGAAUUGAUGAGAACCUGGUAUGUAUUAUACACUCAGUAAAUAAAUAAGCAGGUAAGCGAGGUCACUAAUCAUGGUUAGCACACAAGACCACGCUAGUUAUGGUAAAGUUGUGGUCAUAAAAUGUGACUUCUGUGAUUCUGAAGCAGCUUAUACAUUUGUGCCAAAAUUAUGUUUGGUAAAACUAUGAUUGGUAAAAUACAUAAUUCUGAAGAAUUUUUCAGUACUUAAGCUUCCUAUGAAAUGUAGCCCAAGUGUCACCAUACACUGUGUUCACUUAUAACAUUGGUCAUGCAUGAUCAUUAUAGCAGCAACAGCCACAGGAAGAUGAAGUAAUUAGAUCACAAUGAAACAGGUUGCAUUCUCAUUCCUUUAAACCUUCUGCCUUCCUCCCCAACCUGCAUGAUUCUGAUGGGGGGUGGGAUGUGUUACGUGAUUUACCCAGGAUCCCAGGCGUGCCCUGGGUUCGACUUAUUUCCCUAGACUAAUCCAGCUCCCAGCCUGGAUCCUGAGCAUACCCUGCAUUAAUCAGACUUGCUGGAAUGAUCACAUGGUUCUCUAGCUGCCUCCCGUUAGCUGCCGCUUGUCAGCAGCUGGCGGAGCUGGAGGCUGCAGGCCCCUGUCUGCAGAAAGCCUUUUACUUCAGAAAAUUGGGGGGUGUGGAAAGCCCGCCUCUUUUUUCUGCACUUUGCACCAUCUGACUGACUAAAUGGUUGUCCUCCGUACCCAAAAGCCUACCACACAAUCUAAGGAAAUUGUCUCUCACUAGGUCAUGUUUGCAUUUGAAGAAUUCAGUGAACAGAGUAUCUGCCAAGCUCGGGCUUCUGUGAUGGUCUACGAUGACACCAGUAAGAAAUGGGUACCAAUCAAGCCUGGCCAGCAGGGAUUCAGCCGGAUCAACAUCUACCACAACACGGCCAGCAACACCUUCAGGGUCGUUGGAGUCAAGCUACAGGAUCAGCAGGUUGUGAUCAAUUAUUCAAUCGUGAAAGGGCUGAAGUACAAUCAGGCAACACCAACCUUCCACCAGUGGCGAGAUGCCCGCCAGGUCUACGGCUUAAACUUUGCAAGUAAAGAAGAAGCAACCACAUUCUCCAAUGCAAUGCUGUUUGCCCUGAACAUCAUGAAUUCCCAAGAAGGAGGCCCCUCCAGCCAACGUCAGGUGCAGAAUGGCCCCUCUCCUGAUGAGAUGGACAUCCAGAGAAGACAAGUGAUGGAGCAGCAGCACCAGCAGCAACGUCAGGAAUCUCUAGAGAGAAGGACCUCAGCCACAGGGCCCAUCCUCCCACCGGGGCAUCCCUCUUCUGCAGCCAGUGCCCCCCUCUCAUGUAGUGGGCCUCCACCCCCACCCCCACCCCCUGUCCCACCUCCACCCACGGGGGCCACUCCCCCACCCCCACCCCCACUGCCAGCCGGAGGAGCCCCGGGGGCCAGCCAUGACGAGAGCUCCGUGUCAGGACUGGCCGCUGCCCUAGCUGGAGCCAAGUUGAGGAGAGUCCAGCGGCCAGAAGAUGCAUCUGGAGGCUCGAGUCCCAGCGGGACCUCAAAGUCCGAUGCCAACCGGGCAAGCAGUGGAGGCGGCGGAGGUGGCCUCAUGGAGGAAAUGAACAAACUGCUGGCCAAAAGGAGAAAAGCAGCCUCCCAGACAGACAGGCCAGCUGACAAAAGGGAAGAUGAAAGCCAGACGGAAGAUCCUAGCACCUCCCCAUCUCCAGGGACCCGAGCAUCCAGCCAGCCACCUAACUCCUCAGAGGCUGGCCGGAAGCCCUGGGAGCGGAGCAACUCGGUGGAGAAACCUGUGUCCUCGUUACUGUCCAGAACCCCGUCUGUGGCAAAGAGCCCCGAAGCUAAGAGCCCCCUUCAGUCGCAGCCUCACUCUAGGAUGAAGCCUGCCGGGGGCGUCAAUGACGUGGCCCUGGAUGCCUUCGAUCUGGACCGGAUGAAACAGGAGAUCCUAGAGGAGGUGGUCAGAGAACUUCACAAGGUGAAGGAAGAGAUCAUUGAUGCCAUCAGGCAGGAGCUGAGCGGCAUCAGCACCACGUAAACGGCGCCGAGACGUCGAGGCCAUCGGAGGACAGCGAAGUGCCCUCCCAGCCCUGGCCCAGCACCCGCAGAGCCGCACGGAGCUGGGAAGCGCAUCAUUUAAAGUCUUAACCUGUGAUAAAAUGUUAAAAUGAGGAAACAAAAGUUCAGUUCCAGGAUUUUUUUAGAUUCUACCUGACACAGAACACCGGGUCUACUCGUCUUUUUUGUAUUUUAUAUUUGCUUAUUUAAGUGUACAUUUCUUUUGGAUAAUAGAGAGGAUGCCCCCACAUCACCUGCUUCAUUAGACGGUUUCCGAGUUUUCUCCUAGGUGACGCUUAGCGCCUCAGCUGCCGAUGACAGCAGGCACAGCGUGGUGUCACCACACACAGCAGAGCUGUCUGCGCGCAGCUCCGUCCCCAGCAAUCAUGGUGUUGAAACUGUCUGUCCAUGCACCGCGGUGUCUGUGUCCACACGGUAAUAAACAGUUUACUGUCCACA